AUGUUUCAAGACGCAUCUAGGUUUCUUGCUCAGUCCCAGUCCCGCCUCAGUUUUGCGCCGACAGCAGCGGACGACCGUCGAUCUGGUGAGGGCAGACCAGCACGACGACCGAACCAGACGUGGAGAUCCACCACCGCCUCCAGGACGCUGAAUCCUCGUGUCCCGAAUCCCUAUCAGCCGACUUCCUCUCAAUUGUCAGCCUUUCCCUUCGCUUCUCGCCUCAACCCGCAACAGGCGCCUUUAUUCUACAGUGCUACCGACGAAUUCCGGGAAGAAAAUGACGAGGAGGAGCACGAACGAGAGAUAGCCGAUUACUAUGCUCUUCAGAGAUCAAGACGGCAGUUAGGGGCCAGCGAUCUGCAUGCUUCGUCCGAUGUCGAUGCCGGGAGCGGCUCCAGUCUCAAUGGAACUAGCAGUCAUGGGGAGGAUUCUCGUGAUCGAAGUCUGGCGAGACCUGGUGGUAUCAGAAGCUCGUGGCAUGGUGGUGCCCCAAAUCCACGAAGAAAAGGAACAGAGCUGGCGGACCUCGCAGAAUCUGCAGAAUCACAACCAGAGAAUCCCGUCCCCGCGUCGGAAAGGAACCCAAUGGUUGACGUGGGAUUAGAAGACACCUUGAGGAGCGAAUAUGACGACGAGCCGCCAGAAGAUCUGAUAGAGAACCCCCCUUCGGUUCAACAGUUGCGCAAACAGAGUCCAAGAACAGAGGACGAGUAUGACUUGGAGGGAUCGGACGAAGAAAAUACGCGGAGACGUCUGCUGGGACGCUCACGGAACCACUCUGGGGGAACUGAAUCUGUACCAGAUGGCAUCCAAACACCACAGAUUCAACAACCGAGACAUGACGCCUUCUGGGGUCAGCUUUAUUUGCUUUCGGUCGCCGCCAUGUGUGCAAGCUGGUUCCUUGUCUGGCUUCACACACAAUCGCCAAGCACGAACCGGCCUCUCGGCGAUACCGUCUACACGACUUUGCAUGGAUCGUUUUAUCUUUUGGCGACAUAUACCCUCGUAGCGACCUUCGUUUCCUUGUUUUGGCUUGCUGCUCUUCGAUCAUACGUUCGAUAUCUGGUAUACGGCAUCUUGGUGACUGUCCCGGUUAUCCUUUACUCCUUUUCUCUCUACCCGCUGAUUUCCAGCUUCCAAGGAUCAUGGCAUGGAUCAAGCAUCCAAGAUGCCGUCAUGAGAUGGAGCGCGCUGGUCCCUUCUAUCAUGGCCACAUUGUGGAUUCUGGCCGUUCUGCGUGGGCGGUUGGUCAUGCAAAAGGCGAUUUCAAUUCUGGAGUUUUCGACUCGAAUCCUAGCCGCGAACCCGACAUUGGUGUUGGUUGGGUUUGCUGUCCUGGCUUUCAUCGUAAGCUUCACAUGGAUAUGGUUGUCCAUGUUCGCGAGAGUGUUCCUUGGGGGCCAUCCGUCAACUCGGUCAACGAUCAGCAAGUUCGUCAUUGACACGUCAACAUGGUGGCUCGGAGUGUACUUUAUACUCGUGUACCUCUGGACAAUCGCCAUUGCGUUUGGGAUGCAGCGAACCAUCACGUCGGCCACGGUAUCCCAGUGGUAUUUUCAUCGGUUGGCGGUACCGGCUGCGACACCUCAAGCUAUCGUGAAAGCUGCAUUGCAACACUCGGCUACGACACUCUUUGGCACGAUAGCUCUAUUCACCGGCUUGAGUCUUCUGGUCCGGCUGCCAUUGCUCGUUCUGCCUCGGCGAUUGACAAUGCUUCUUGGAGUGGCGAUGUACUCAUUCAUCCCUAGUCCGAUUGCAGUUCUGAUUAAUCCGCUCACCCUUACCUACGCUGCAAUUCAUUCUCAGCCUCUGGCUGUGAGCGCCAGAGGACUCUCGCAGAUGCAUUUUCUAGCCCCCAAUGACGCCACGACAGCCCUCCAUCCAGGCACGUUCAGUCGCUACCGGAGAAAUGACGGUUGGUCAAAUGAUGCCACACCUCUCCUUCCAUAUCGACUGGCCAAGCUCAUCCUCCACGCGACGAGAUUUAUCAUGUGUUUGGCAUUGGGCUUCGGUGGGUGGGUCACUACAGCACGAACUCUCAAGCUGGACGGAGCUGGAGUUCGCGGGAGCCUUUACGCUUACAUAGUCGGGCUUGUUGCUGGAGCCAUCGGUUGGGGCAUUCUAGGUGCAAUGGAGGGAGUUUUGGCAUGCAUCGUCGACGCUGUGGUGAUAUGUUGGGGCAGCGAGGUCGGCAGCACUGGGACCGGAGAGGUGCGAUAUUGUAGGGAGGCGGGCAAUCUGUUCCGCGACGUCGACACCACCAGCGGCCGCAUCAAUCUAGCUUGA